UCUCGCGGAGUUUGAGACUAGAUUCGCCGAUCCUUGCAUUUCACUAUCUCACAAAUCUUGAGACAUGAAGAUCAAUAGCAUUUGGGGUUUAUAGAUACCAGAAUUUUACCAAAAAGGGUUUUCUGGAGCAUUCAAAGAAUUUCAGAUCAGAAGACAUCAAGCAUGAAUCGAAGGGAAGAAUUGCGUUGUGACAGGGGCGAAUUCUGGCAUUGGCUCUACAACUGCAGAGGGCCUAGCUGCACGUGGAGCAAUGGUGUAUAUAGUGUGCCGGAGCAAGGAGAGGGGCGAGGCUGCACGCUCAAAGAUCCAGUCUGCAACGGGCAAUAAGAAUGUCCAUUUGGAGAUUUGUGAUGUUUCUUGCAUUGGCGAUGUGAAAACUCUGGCGUUGCGAUUUUCAGUGAAGGAUGAGGCUGUGCAUAUUCUGGUUAACAAUGCCGGUGUGCUCGAGCAAAACCGUCUCACUACCUCCGAAGGGCACAAGAUGAAUUUCGCGGUGAAUGUUCUUGGCACGUACGCCAUGACCGAGCUCAUGCUGCCAUUGCUAGAGAAGGCUGCACCCAAUGCUCAUCACGGUUGCAUCGGGCGGAAUGUACACCUCUCCAUUGAGCUGCAGUUCAACAGCAAGGAAUUCAAUGGAGUCGAACAAUAUGCCCGAAAAGAACAUGUUAUAUGCUUAUUCAUUUAUCGACCUAGAAAAGACGAUUAAUGAAAUGGAUACAACGAUACCACUAGGACUUCCCUCGUUCGUGAGCUUUUGUUGUCCCUUAGAAGCCAUCGGAAAUAAUGCAUAUGGAGGAACUGGUCUGGAGAUGGCGACGACUGAUUUUCUGCGCUCCAAGAACCAGAGGAGCAAGGACGGACGAGGGGUUAAAUGUCUUUUCAUUUUGUAAAGUGGGGGCAAGGUUGUCUCCACAAUCGUUUAUACA